CGGCUGUCAGGCGUGUCAGAGAAGCGCUCGCGCUUCUGUGAGUUGAAGGAGCGAGAGUGAGGGCGAGCGUGUAGUCGGUGCUUUACAGUGAGCGGGACCAGGCACGCUGCUGCCGUGUCAGUGAGUGGAGGCUGGCUCCGAGUCCGCUCCUUUCACUUCUUUUCUCGCUUCUGUGAAAUGGACUUCUGACAGCAGCCGGGCUGCGGGCGCCGCCGGUUCCUCCUGACCGGAAAAUGAAGCGACUCUGUCGGAGGCUGGCGGUGGCCGUGGCGGUGCUGGUGUGGCUGGGAGCGCUGGUUUACCUGCUGGUGUUGAGCCGGAGGAGGUUGCCGGAGCUCAGUCCAGGAGCGGUAGCAGGGGGAGGCGGAGUAGCAGGAGAGACAACCUACAACCAGAUUUCAGAUGCAGAGUGGGAGGACAUGUUGGAGGGCUUUGAUGAGCGGAGUUACCUGAGCGCUCGGCGCUGGAAGCCCGGAGACGACCCGUACACUCUGUACGCUUUCAACCAGAGAGAGAGUGAACGCAUCCCCAGUGAUCGAGCCCUGAGAGACACUCGACACUACAGGUGCACCACUCUUCACUACGACUCAGAACUUCCUUCAACCUCCAUCAUCAUCACCUUUCACAAUGAGGCCAGAUCAACUCUGCUGCGGACCAUCAAGAGUGUUUUAAACAGGACCCCGGUUCAUCUCAUCUAUGAGAUCAUUCUGGUGGACGACUUCAGUGACGACGAGAGUGACUGCCAGCUUCUCACCAAACUGCCCAAAGUUAAAUGCUUUCGCAACAACAAGCGAGAAGGUCUCAUCAGGUCCAGAGUGCGGGGGACGGACGCUGCAAGAGCCAAAGUGCUGACCUUCCUGGACAGCCACUGUGAGGUCAACAAAGACUGGCUGCCACCCCUCCUGCAAAGGAUCAAAGAGGACCCGUCUCGAGUGGUUAGCCCAGUCAUCGACAUCAUCAACAUGGAUACGUUUGCUUAUGUGGCAGCCUCUGCCGAUCUCCGUGGAGGCUUUGAUUGGAGUCUCCAUUUUAAGUGGGAGCAGUUGUCGCCUGAACAGAGAGCCCGCCGGACUGACCCGACCCAGCCAAUCAAGACCCCCAUCAUUGCAGGCGGACUCUUUGUGAUUGACAGGUCCUGGUUCAAUCACCUUGGAAAAUACGACACUGCCAUGGACAUUUGGGGUGGUGAGAACUUUGAGAUCUCAUUCCGGGUUUGGCAGUGUGGCGGCAGUCUGGAGAUCCUGCCCUGCAGCAGAGUGGGUCACGUCUUCAGGAAGAAACACCCAUAUGUGUUUCCUGAAGGCAACGCCAACACAUACAUCAAGAACACACGUCGUACAGCCGAGGUGUGGAUGGAUGACUUCCGGCUCUUUUAUUACUCCGCUCGCCCGGCAGCACGAGGCAAAUCCUACGGAGAUAUCCGAAGCAGAGUGGAACUUCGGAAGAAGCUCAACUGUAAAUCCUUCAAGUGGUACUUGGACAAUGUCUACCCAGAGCUCAAGGUCCCAGACGACUCCGACUCACAGUCUGGAGUGAUCAAACAGAGGCAGAACUGUCUGGAGUCCCGCAAGGUGGAGGGUCAGGAGAUGCCCGUCCUCACAUUAGCUCCCUGCACGGGAACUGAGGGCGUCCCCGCCAUCAAUCAGGAGUGGGUGUACACUCACGGACAGCAGAUCCGACAGCAGCAGCACUGCCUGUCUGUCUCCACCACGUUCCCUGCCUCCCAGGUCCUGCUGCUGCCCUGCAACAUGGCGGAUGGCAAACAGCGGUGGCAGAAGUCAGGGACUCACUUGGAGCACCUCGUCUCCCGGUUCUGCCUGGACUCGGAGAUGGCUCUGGACGGGAUGGACGAUUCCCGAAUGUUGGUGAUCAGCCCCUGUGAACUGAGCGCAUACACGCAAAGAUGGGAAGUCCCCUUCUCCUGACCCCUGACCAUGUGACCUUUACUCCCUCUUAAAAAAUGUGCCCUGUCACACUCAUCCCUCAACUCAAAGAGAGAAUGCUGCUCACACACUGACCAUGCAUGAGCAAUCAUGUCACAGUGCUGCAUCGAGGAUAUCUGAAUAGAAAGCUGAUGAAGACUUUUUUAUGGGUCUUUGUAGCAUGAAAAGAAAUGCAGACCUUUCAGGUAUAAAAACCUGAUUUAUUUAUGAGCUGCACUGGUUUGAAAUAAUGUUGCUCCAAGAGACGCCGGAAAAUUGUGUGGUUUGGAGAUUCAAGUGUCUGUAUUGGAGAGUGAAAACCAAGUGCACCUUAAAACCCAGAACUUUCAAAUAGCUGAGAUGGACAAAAAAAACAAACAAAAAAUAACAAUCAUAGAAUGUUUCCUGUGUCUUUUGCAAUCUGCUUUUAAAGGAUGUUUAAUAAGCUGGAAAUUAAAACCAAGCACAGCUCGAGGUUUUAUUUCAGUUGGUCAAAUACCUGUCACUGUCUUUACUGCAGCAUCCCAGUCGGUUUCUUACUGGGAUCUAACCAGAAACUCACCAAAGUAAAGUCCCAGUAAACAGCACAAAAUGUGAAAUCUUUAGUCUGUCACACCAAGCGGGAUGCAAUCAUCUCCAGUCUGGAAUAUAUCCUAAGGUUUUUGUUUGUUUGUUUGUUUUGUUGCUUGGCUUAAGCUUUCAUUUACUGCUUUGGGAAUAGUCUCAGUUAUUGAGGUUCUCAAUUAUGAGAACACUUUAUGUACAAGUAACCCCUGUGAUCCUAAAGCUCUGGCUCCACCCUGCUCUAAAUGCUCCGUUUCAUACCAUUUUUUUCAACGGUAGGCUCUUUGUGAUGUCAGUGAGAGAGGAAUAUUUAGGAAUAUUCCUAAAGUGAGCACAAAAGCCCCACCCAUCUUCUGUUCAAACCUUCUGUUUGCAAGGGGCAGCCAAUCAGAAGAAAGUAAGCUUACAACAGCAGCUCCUAGUUUUUGUGGCAUAUGCCCCAUUUUAGAAGCGCAACACUCUCAAGAGUUUAAAAAAAAAACGAGGAUGAACGAUAACAAAGGAUCUUUGUGUGAGGUACAACUCCUCUAAUGUUGACCUUUAAAGGUCAGUGCAGCAGCAUCAGCUAACUAUUUUUGUACACUCUGCCUAGUAAAAGCAAACCCAGUUUCACUUCAUAUUUUUCACCAGGUUGACAGUGUCCCACCUGCAGUGGCUCUGUGCCCCACCUACAGGACCUGCCCCACACUUUAAGAAACAUAGGCUUAAAGGGUGGGUGGCCUUAAAGGAACAGGAACUAAAAUGGCCUGUUUCAGAGAGGAUGAACUUAGGAGCUGUACCAAGUAUGAGAUAAAGAAAGAUUAUUUUGAACUAUGAAUGAUGCAAAGCCACCUUAAAUGACUAGAAUUGCUCAGUGCUCAGAGUAGAAAAGCGCUAUUUAAAUAUGCCAAAACAUUUACCAUUUACCAAAUAAAAAUUAAGAAAUGGGAAAAGGAAUGCUGACUUUUAGAAAGCUUUGCACCUAAACACAGUCUAGAUCUAGAGUAGUUUCUGUACGCCAACCAAGGCUGCCUACUCUGGGACUGCUAGAAUUCCCAUAUUGUUAGUGUUAUAGGGUUUGCACAGUGGAUGGAGCAUUUUAAUGGGUUCUUUAAAUGACUGUAACUUCCCCAUUGAAACUUGGCCUCAUGCAGCUCUCUUGGCCAUGUGAAUAGCUUUGAUUGCAGAAAUAUGAGGAAGAGGAUGAAAAGGAAAGAAAUAAACAAUGAGGGGAGUCACAUUAGGUAACACAAAACCUGAAAUUUAGAGCACGCCCUGGCUUAACUACAGGAUGUAGCAUGAAAGCAGACAGGACAGAGCUACAGGUGCAAAUAUGGACAAACAGUCACAGUGGAAAAAAAUAUGUAAGAGGAAGAACAGCAUGAAUGCAGCACAUGUCAGAAUAUCUACAUGCUGGUAAAUCAAAUCAGCAAAUUUCUGAUUCCUGUUGCCCAAAUGAAGCAGCUGCUUCACACAGCUGCUGUGCAUGUGAGACUUUUUAUACACAAAUGAGAUUUUUUCACCAUAAUUACAAAGUAUUGAUAUUUAUCAGGCAAGUUUGGUAAAUUAAUAAAAAUGAUGCUAUUUAGGGUUUAUUUUAAUAAAUGUGUCCACUCUCGAGGUGUGCUAUGAUGCAACCAAACCUUUUGUUUUUCUCCUACUUGAGAUUAUUUCUGAGCACUCUGAAUGGGCACGAGGUUGGGCUGGUGGAGCUCAAACCUGUGGGAAGAGUCAAAAUCCAAACUGAUGUUAACUGCAAGUCUUCUCUAAAUCGCCUCUCUGUCUGUUCACACAAUGAUUUUUAAAAAUUGUAGAACUUCUUUGCGGUUCAGUUACAUAAUGUGUUUGACAUCUUCAGCAUCAGUUUGAUAUCCUGUUUGAUUCCUGAAUCCUGAAUAAAGCUUUUAU